GAUCGCCGACCGCCGUCUAGAGAGCACGCCGCGCGGCGCACGCACACCACGCACCCGUCGCUAUGAUGCGGCGCGGUUCAAUGGCGAUGGCCGGCGGCGGCGAGCCUUUGAUCGUAGUGGAGGAAAGCGGGGCUGAAGAGUCGGAGGCCUGCUACCGCGCGCCCCUCCCCAUCCGUGGCUUCUCCGAGGACCAGGAGUCCCCGCCAGACCCUUACCAUCUGUCGCCGUGGCGUGAAACGCGCAAGCAUUCGUUACCAACACCCUCCUGCACGUCGGGACCUACAGCUAGUCAGGUACGUCGUCUGUCCGAAAGAGGAGAAGGCGCAGCUCACGAGGCGCGGGAAGCUGCAUUCCUGGCUACUUUAAGUCAGGUUUCACCACAGCCAGGUGGUCGAAGACAUUCCGUAGUAACAAUAUCAAGAGUGCCUCAGGCGCUGUUCGGACGAGGCCGGCGAGAAUCAAUCGCGGCGUUCCCCGCCCUCGGCAGUCGACGUGACUCGGGAGCGAGUAUUAAAAAAUGCCCACCUGCUACAGACACGCUCGGCAGCACGCACAAUCUCCAACUGGAUAUAAUGGACGACAUAGUACAGGCUCGGAAAGUACGAAUGCGUUUAUGGAAUACGUCAAAUGAAAAGGUUUGCGAAGUGCAACCUCUGGAUGAGCGGUCUCCUAGUAGCGGCUCAGUGAGGUACACAAACCGAGGACGCAGACAUUCGGACUUCAUGGGUGCACAGUUACCGCCCAUCCCAGCUCGUCGCCGUGCCUCGGAAAUGCCUCCACCUCCCCCCAUUCCACCGCGUACUGGAGCAGGGGUCGUGUGCACAGACACAGAUCUGAAACUCAUGCUCAACGCUCUGACAUCGUCAGCCACGGAAAUCGACCGGUGCGGCAAGCCUGAACUGAAAAAUAGACGACUAGCAGACAUGCGCUCGAGCAGCUUCGAUGCGUCAGCACUGAGGGAAAAACUAACAGAAUCUGGAGCUACUUGGUUCGCUAGGCGACAUCAAACAUUAGCAACUAAAAAGAAAGAAAAUGAAACCAGGAAACCUAAAGUGACAUUCGCACCUGACUCCAAGCCGUCUUCGGGCGACGCAGCUGCCGUAGUUUGGGACAGGCCGACCGGUUCUGUCGUGGACGCCAGUGCGCUCGGAAGUGCUAUAGAAGUUUUCCUCCGAAGUGGUGGCACUGCAAGCCCUGGGCCAUCUACGUCCGGCGCACAAAUCCCCAAAGAGACGACGAUAUCUAAAACCGAGAGUGAAACACGGCCGACACCUAGCACGAGUAAAGCGGGGCGCAGCGAAGGCGAGCGCUGGUUUCUGAACAGAUCCGAGGAAGAAGAGCCUUCGGAGGGAUGCGAUGCCACGCUGUGCUCGUCGCUAAAAGACCUUUUCGUGUAGGCAUUUCAAAUUCAAAUAUUACAUAGUUGUCAAGUACUGACUAUAUUUUCUCAGGUGGUGAGUGAAACGCGAGAUACUUCUUAGUCAUGUACGCUCGAUGUACCUUACUUCAUGAAUCUUUCAAUGUGAUAGACUGAACGCCCGCGCCGGCGCCGGUCGUCCUGAGUCGACUCACGACCGACGUCCGCUCUGCGUCAUAUUAUUUAUAGAGUAAAUUCUAUUUUCAUUGUAAAUUUUUCGAUAUUAGAAAACAAAGUUAUUAGACUUAUUGUUAGUUAGAAAAUUGUAAGUAUUUGUAAUAAGGGCCGCGCGUUUUCCACUCCGGCCGCGCGCCGGCACUGCGCGCGCGCCCACAUCCCCGCCCCGUCUCGUCGGACAGUCUUCGUCUUGUAAUCGAAUGUUAACCAUUAACAAUUUUAUCUUUGUCAUUGUAUAGCAGAUAAUCAAAAGAGACGUCGCGUCGGGAGAAACGUACGCUUAAUAGACGAAUGCGACUUCCAGUCGUCAUAAUAUAUCAAUAAAAUUUUUAUCGAUGUUU